UUGGGGUGUUGGGAUCCUAUAAAACAGGGAUUUCAGUGUGUUUGGAUUCCAUUGCUAUGGUGGUUUUAUGAGAAUGAGAUAUCACUUUCUUUUCCUUCUGCCCAACACUCUAACAGUAACAGUACUUUCCCUUUCUCUCUCUCUUUCUCAAUAAAUACUCAUACAAUCCUUCUUCUUCUUCACAAACUCUCACACUCCCAAAAACUCUUCUUCUUCAUCAUCCCCUUAAACCCUUCUCAGAUUUCCACCAGAAAAUAAUCCCACCCAUUCUCAUCAGCCCUACACAACAGGACUGAAAAAGAGUCGGAGCAAGCGUGUUCCUCACUGUGGCGUUUUUGGUUUUCUUUUUCCUCAGUGUGAAUCCAAAAUACGAAAAACUGUCUGUUUUUUUGACUUACCCUUUUCACUAUUUUCCUCCUUCUAUAUCAUUCUAUAAAAUCCCCAUUGAUUCCAGAGUUUGAUGCUGAAUCUGCCAUGGAGGAUACUCUGUUUUCCCCUGUUAAAUUCACAGAGCACCGUAACUUCACCAACAAAUUUUCCGCCAAAAAGCAUCACCACUCCGAAAGUAGAGUCGUACGGAUUUCGGUAACGGACCCUGAUGCCACGGAUUCGUCCAGCGAUGAAGAUGAUUAUUUCGAGAGACAGAGAGUGAAGAAAUACAUCAAUGAGAUCAAAAUCCAAAGUGGCUGUCGAAAUAAUCUUUUACCCAGUUGUCGGAAGAGGCCUGCCGGUGAGCGUUCUGACUUCCAGCGCCAGGGGAAGGUGGCUCCUCCUAUGAAUGGGAAGAAAUUUCGUGGUGUACGGCAGCGGCCGUGGGGAAAAUGGGCGGCGGAGAUUAGGGAUCCGGCUCGUCGUGUACGGCUCUGGCUUGGGACUUACGACACGGCGGAGGAAGCUGCGAUGGUUUAUGAUAACGCUGCCAUUCAGCUCCGUGGACCGGAUGCUUUGACGAACUUUGCAACGCCUCCGCCGGUGUCGAUGCCGGAGAAGGAAGUUGAGAUGGCUAAUAUCCCCUCUGUUUCCGGUUCCUAUUACGAUUCCUGUGAAGAGUCUCACAAUUUAUCAUCACCGACUUCGGUUCUCCACUUCAGAACGCCGUCGCCAGAAGAAUCCGAAAAACCCCCAAAGUCAGACGAGGUGCAGAAUCCGCCGGCGCCGUUCACCGAUGAUCAGUUUCACGAAUGUCAAGGCGAAACUUCUUUCUCUGAGGAGUUCCACACCGAGUUCCCCAGAUUCGACUAUGACUUCAAAUUUCCAAGCCCCGAAUCACCGAUCUUCUUGGACGACCAGCCGCUGUUCUUCGAAGACAGCAUAUGGAACGAAGAUUUCAGUGAGAUUUUCACUAAUUUGCCUGAAGAUUUUGGGUCGCCAUUGUUGUCCUCUUCGAUCAGCCAAGGAGGCGAUGACUAUUUCCAAGAUAUUUUGAUGGGAUCGGACCCUUUGGUGGUUCUGUAAGCAGCGGAGUACCGGGUGCCGGCGACGGCUGACCACCGCUGCCUCCACCGUUAUGUCGGCGGAAUUUUGUUUUCCAUGUCGCAUUUCUCAAAAAACGGCAAUUUUUGCGACUUUAGCUUUUUUUUUUUUUUUUUGGGUAUACUUUUCCUUACCUAUUUUACAUAUUCUGGGAAGUUGAGUGGACCAGUUUUGCUAGAUAUAUUUAUUCUUUUUUUUUUUUUAACAUCCUUUUUUAAUUUUAAUCAAGGCAAUAAUUAGGCUUUGUCAUUUAAGAGUGUAUAAUGUGGAAGA